GACGAAUCGACAUGCCGCAUACAUGCUGGCAGCGGCGCGUUGACGGAACGUGGCGAUUUCGUCGCCGAAAGCCCGAGGCGCUCGAAUACGAUUGCUCGUCCUUGCCUCAUCAGCACGGCGAUGCAGCAGCGAGUCACCAGUUGCAUGAACGUGCAGCGUGUUCAUUUUACAACUUGCCAUGAGUCCCGCACCGCAAUCGGCCGACGCCUUUCUGCAAGACGGCUCGGACGCCUUCCACGCGGCGCUCGCCACGCAGCUUGAAGCCUCGAUGGGCAAGUCCAUGCCGCAGCUCGAGAUUCGCUUCCAGGACUUUUCGAUCGCCGCCGACGUGGCCGUCGCGACCAAGGAUGGCCACGAGCUCCCGACGAUAUGGAACCACAUGAAGAAGUCGUCGAUGGGUCUCUUCCGCUCCAAGCGCUCGCUUCGCAAGGACAUUCUGCACCCAAUGUCGGGCGCGUUCAAGCCCAGCACGAUGACGCUCGUGCUCGGCCAGCCGAGCUCGGGCAAGUCGUCGCUCAUGAAGUACCUCUCCGGUCGCUUCAACCUGACCAAGAACAUUUCGGUGGGCGGUGAGCUCACGUACAACGGCACGCCGUUGCCCGCGGUGGCGCACACGCUACCGCAGAUCUCGUCGUACAUGAGCCAGCGCGACUUCCACUACCCGACCUUGACCGUCAAGGAGACGCUCGAGUUUGCCCAUGCGUGCAGCGGCGGUGCCGCCGUGCCCCAGCGCCAGGCGCAGUACGUCGUCGACGCUACGACGUCGGUGCCGCGUACGCCAAGCCAGUAUGCGGACCUCUUCCGCAUGUCGACCAUCUACGCGACUAUGAUGAGCCACGUUGAGGGUCCGCACCACCCGCUUCUGCUUGCGGACGCGUCCAAGCACUUGGCCGAGAUGCCGGCGUACCAAGUGCCGUAUGUGCAGAGCACCAAGAUGCUCAUCGCGCGCCAGCUCAAGGUGUUUUUGCGCAACACGGCGUUCGUCAAGAGCCGCUUCGUCAUGGUGCUGCUCAUGGGUCUUCUCUACUCGACGACGUUCUACCAAGUCAAUCCCGAGAUGCCGGUCGUCGUCCUCGGUGUUAUCUUCACGGCCGUGCUCUUCCUCGCACUCGGCCAGGUACCGCUCAUGCCGGCGGUCCUAGAAGCUCGCGAGAUCUUCUACAAGCAGCGGUCGGCGCAGUUCUUCAAGACGUCGUCGUUCAUUCUGGCGCAGUCGUUCACCCAAGUGCCGUUCGCCUUGGGCGAGACGCUGGUGUUUGGCUCGGUCAUGUACUGGCUCUCGGGCUUCGUCGCCGAAGUCGGCGCCUUCCUAGUCUACCUCCUGCUGCUCUUUCUGACCAACUUGUCGUUUGCGUCGUGGUUCUUCUUCCUCGCGGUCGUCUCGCCCAACCUCCACGUCGCCAAGCCGCUCUCGAUGAUGUCGGUCUUGAUCUAUGUCAUGUUUGCCGGCUUUGCGAUCUUCAAGGACGACAUCCCCGACUACUUUAUCUGGCUCUACUGGCUCAACCCGCUCAGCUGGUGCAUGCGCGCUCUCUCGAUCAACCAGUACUCGGCAGGCGAGUUCCAAAAGUGCGUGAUCAAGGAAGGCGGCAUCAACUACUGCAAGCUCAAGGGCGACACGAUGGGCAACGUCAUGCUUGAGACGUUCGGCCUCGAGACCAAGAAGGUCUGGAUCUGGUACGGCGCGCUCUUUCUCGCUGCAUGCUACUUUGUGUUUCUCGGCAUCUCGUACCUCGCGCUCGAGUACAUUCGGUACGACACGGCGGCGCAUGGAAGCGUGCACGUCGCUGACGACGACGAGAGCGCCGAGCACAGCAAGGGCGCCGACAUCUACGUUGAAGUGCCCAAGACGCCCGCUGACGCCCACGCGGUUCCCAUCGGCAGCACCGCGUCGACGUCGAUUCCCGUGACGCUCGCGUUUGAAGACCUCUGGUACUCAGUACCCAACCCGACCAAGGGCGAGCCGGAUCUCAAGCUGCUCAAGGGCGUCAGCGGCUACGCGCGCCCUGGUACGAUCACGGCGCUCAUGGGUUCGUCGGGUGCGGGCAAGACCACCUUGAUGGACGUCAUUGCCGGUCGCAAGACGGGCGGCAAGAUCGAAGGAAACAUUCUUUUGAACGGGUACCCGGCCACGGACCUCUCGAUUCGCCGUGCGACGGGCUACUGCGAGCAGAUGGACAUUCACUCGGAAGCAGCGACGUUCCGUGAGGCGUUCCAGUUCAGCGCGAUGCUCCGCCAGUCGGAUGACAUUCCUGCUGAAGAGAAGAUGGCGUUUGCGGAAGAGUGCCUGGACAUUUUGGACAUGAAGGCCCUCGGCGACACCAUCAUUCGUGGCGCGUCCGUCGAGCAGAUGAAGCGCUUGACGAUCGGUGUUGAGCUCGCGGCAGCGCCGUCGGUGCUUUUCCUCGAUGAACCGACGUCCGGUCUUGACGCUCGCUCGGCCAAGAUCAUCAUGACGGGCAUUCGCAAGAUCGCGUCGACGGGCCGCACGGUCGUCUGCACGAUCCACCAGCCGUCGACGGAAGUGUUUGAGAUGUUUGACUCGCUCCUCCUCCUCAAGCGCGGUGGCGAGACCGUCUUCUUUGGCGACCUCGGCGCAAGUGCGAGUCAUCUGAUCAACUACUUCAAGUCGAUUCCCAACACGCCGGCUCUUCUUCCGACGGCCAACCCGGCGACGUGGAUGCUCGAAGUCAUUGGUGCCGGUGUCGAAGCCAAGCAGGGCGGCGGCGCGCCCACGGACUUUGUGCAGGCGUUCAUGCAGAGCCACGAGCGCCAGCUUCUUGUCUCGGAGCUUGCGCACCACACGCAGCCGCAUGCAUCGAUCCCGGAGCUCACGUUUGCCAACAAGCGCGCGGCGUCGUCGUCGACGCAGUUCAAGAUGGUCACGCAGCGCUGGUUCCGCAUCUAUUGGCGCACGCCGUCGUACAACUACACGCGCGGGCUCAUGUCGAUCUUUCUCGCUGUCCUCUUUGGUCUUGUCUUCCGCGGCAUCGACUACGCCACGUACUCGGGUGCGACUGGCGGCGUCGGCAUGAUCUUCAUGACGUCGCUCUUCAUCGGUUUGAUCUCGUUCAACAGUGUCCUCCCAAUCGCCGCCGAAGAGCGCGCGUCGUUCUACCGCGAGCGCGCCUCGCAGACGUACAACGCGCUCUGGUACUUUGUCGGCUCGACGCUCGCCGAGAUCCCGUAUGUGUUUGUGACGACCUUCGUCUUCACGAUCAUCUACUACCCGUUUGUCGGUCUCAACGAGUCGGUCGGCGCAUGCCUCUUCUACGGCCUCAACCUCUCGCUCCUCGUCUUGAUGAACGUCUACUUGGGCCAGUUGAUGGUGUACGCAACGCCCCGUGUCGAGGUCGCCGCGCUCAUGGGUGUCCUCCUCAACUCGAUCUUCUUCCUCUUCAUGGGCUACAACCCGCCGGCGUCGCAGAUCCCGUCGGGGUAUCGCUGGCUGUACACCAUUACGCCGCCCAAGUACUCGCUUGCGAUUUUGACGGCCGAGACGUUCUCCAAGUGCACGGGCGACAUGACGCAGCUCGGGUGCAACAUCAUGACGGGCGUGCCCCAGAGCAUCCUCCACGAGAUGAACAAGACCGAGAUCCGCAUCAAGGACUACGUCGAGUACAUUUACGAGAUGAAGAUCGACGACAAGCAGAUGAACAUUUGGGUCGUCGUCGGCUGCAUCGUGCUCUUCCGCGUCCUCGCACUCCUCUGUCUCCGCUACGUCAACCACCAGAAGCGGUAAAGGGAUGUGGCCAACUUGUGUUUUCUACAUCCAAAACAAUUACAAUUAAAAAUGAAGUUUGCAUCUAAAGCUUUGAACGUGGAUGCUUUGGCAUGGG